AUGACUCCAGCUGCCCAGUAUCUCAUCACGCACAGCUUCUGGCGCCACAACUACGAUGUCAGCACGACAAACAAAACACACCUCUUCCACGUCGCCAACUCCUCCUUCACACCAGGAAAGCCGGAUCUUACUUUCCACCGCACCUCCGACUCCAAUGGGCCCAUUGUGGGAGUGUGUAAGUUCCGGCACUUCUCCUCAGACUGUGAGAUUGGUCUAGGGGACCCCGAACGGCCCAACAAAAUGGAUUGGGAAUACCUGCACAAGCGAGGCUUUACGAAGCGCAUAUAUUGGUUCCAUAUGCAGCUAGACGACGGCACAAAGCAAACUUUUACCUGGAAACGAACACACUCGCUUGGCAGUGGUUAUGAAAACCAUAAACUAGUCGAGGAGACCAGCCAGACUGUCGUGGCGGUCUUUUCUUCCGGCGGCAUCUUCUCCAAAACAACCGGUUACUUGGAUAUAUACUUAAAUCUGGGGCCGCGUUUCUACCUUAUGGCACUUAUCUCGGGAAUCGCCUUGAUCGAGAAGGGGAGGCGCGCCAAACAGACCACGGCGGUGUCGGGUGCUGCUGCAGGUGGGGGUGCGGCAGGAUCAUGUUGUUAG